UAAAUGUGUUUUCACAUUGAACAUUUGAUUUUCUGUGUUUGAAUGCAUACAGUUAGUUGCAUGUUUCAAACAAUUCAACGUUUUAAAUUCGUUAUAUUACAUGCAAAAUUAUUUUCAAUAAUACAUAAUAAAUAUGAGCGAAAAAAGAAAAAUUGGAAUAAUUGGCAGUGGCUUAAUAGGUCAAAGUUGGGCCAUGUUAUUUACAAGCGCUGGUUACAAUGUUGUAUUAUAUGAUGUUGAACAAGCCCAAGUAAAAGCUGCCUACAACAAUAUUAAAAUUGAAUUAGAAAAAUUAGAGAAAAAUGGAAUUCUUAGAGGAAAAAUAGGAGCCAAAGAACAAUUCAAUCUCAUCAAAGGAGUUACGACUCUUGAAGAAGUGGUAAAGGAUGCCAUAUUGAUUCAAGAAUGUAUACCAGAAAUCAUCACGUUAAAACAAGAGCUUUUAAACCAUAUUGAUAAAAUUGUUGGUCCUCAAACUAUUAUUUCUAGUUCCACAUCUACAUUCUUGCCAUCCGAUCUUUCAGGAAAAAUUCAACAUCGUAACCAAUUGAUUGUUGCACAUCCUGUAAAUCCGCCAUACUUUGUACCUCUUGUGGAAAUUGUUCCUUCUGAGUGGACCGAAAGUUGGAUGAUAAAAAAAACUCGAGAGAUUAUGGAAGAAAUAGGACAAUCGCCAGUAGUCCUUACAAGAGAAGUUCCUGGAUUUGCACUGAAUCGUAUACAGUAUGCCAUUUUGAAUGAAUGCUGGCACCUUGUUAAGGAUGGUAUAUUAAAUGUAAAAGAUAUAGAUACAGUUAUGUCAGAAGGAUUAGGCAUGCGUUAUGCUUUUCUUGGUCCCUUAGAAACGACUCAUUUAAAUGCCGAGGGAUUUGAAAAUUAUGUUCAACGUUAUUCAAAUUCAAUGUACAGCGUAUGUCAACAUUUCAAACCACCGCCUAAGUUUGAAGGGGCAACAGUUAAAGAAAUUGCAGAACAAUUGAAUGCUAUGACACCAUUAGAAAAUUUGCAAAAACGUAGGAUGUGGAGAGAUCAAUCUUUAACAAAACUUUCACAGCUUAAACGAAACAAUAACUAUUAAAUAGUUAACGUUUAUUUUUAUUUUUUAUUGAUUUCUUAUAAACUUUCGUUGACUUUUUAUUAUGAUAAUUAUUUUUGUAAAAAAUUAAUGCUAAAAGAUGUUUAAGAAUUAUGAAAUUUUAUAUUAUUAUACUUUAUAAGAAUUAUUUAGACAUUUAAAUAAAUAAUGAAAAAUGUUUAUAAACACAAUAA